AUGUCAGUUAGGUUGACUUGGCAAUGUCACUUUAUUUUGCCACAGUCAAUGGUAACGCGUUUCCCCCCCACUCAUAACCUCUUUUUUAUCCUUUCUAUGUCCGCCGUGUUUCAUAAUGGCACCACUGGAAAGAAGAUUUUUUUCUCAUCUAACUAAAUGCGAAUUAGUUAAGUUUUAUUUGUAUUUUCUCAUUAUUUUAUCAAAAAUUCCCAAAAUAAAAUGAACUCAGAAAAUCAUGUAGCCAUGACCUGUAGAUUUAAGCAUCCGCAAUUGUCAAAUUGAAAAACUGUCGAAUUAUAUGGCUCGUCAUUUAAAACUUCUUUUUUGAAACUAAACGGAUUGUUUUUGUUUUUUUUUUAAAUAAAAUAUGAAUAGCGAUGAUGAGGAAGUGUGUGCCUUAGCCGCUUAUUAUAUAUUGCUGAGCGGUCAGUGCUUAUUGAAGAAAAAGAAAAAGAGGCGUUGGUGGAUGGGAGCACUGAAUAAAAGUCGUGAAAGGUACAAUGCUAGCAAUAUGCUGUGCGAUCUGAGAAGCCAACCAUCAGGCAGAUUUGAGAAUUUUUGCCGAAUGACAGCUACUGAUUUUGAAAAUUUGUUGAGCAGAAUCGGGCCAUUCAUAGCGAAACAGGAUACCAACAUGAGAAAAUGUGUUCCCAGUCAAGAAAGACUAGCGAUAGCAUUACGAUUUUUCGCCACAGGCGAUUCUUUUGCAAGUUUAUCCUACUUAUUCAAGGUCUCAAAGCAAACCAUCUCCAGAUGUGUUGAUGACGUGUGUCUGGCCAUAAUACAAGAACUGAAAGACGAAGUGGAGUUGCCCUCAAACGAAGAAGAGUGGCUGAAAAUAGCACAAGACUACGAGAAGAUAUGGAACUUUCCUAAUUGUUUAGGCGCAAUCGAUGGGAAGCAUAUCGUUAUUGAGUGCCCAAAGAACACGGAAUCAGAAUUCUACAAUUAUAAAGGGACCUUUAGUGUGGUACUUCUAGCAGUAGUAGAUGCCAACUAUCCUUUCAUAUUUGUGGACAUUGGAUGCCAAAGGCCGGAUCAGUGAUGGAGGAGUGUUCAACAAUACGUCUUUAUACUCUAAGUUACAAAAGGAUGAACUGGAUUUGCCUAGUGAUAGGAAGCUGCCUUCAAUUGAUGAACCAUUACCGUAUGUCUUCAUUGGUGAUUCAGCUUUUGCCUUGAGUCGGCGUAUGAUGAAGCCAUAUCCUGGAACUCAUGAAAAAGGAAGUCCCCACAGAACUUUUGGAUACCGGUUGUCUCGUGCACGGCGAGUUGUUGAAAAUGUUUUCGGUAUAUUGUCAUCAGUGUUCCGUGUGUUCAGGAGACCAAUGGCUUUAGAGCCUGAUAAAGUGAGCAAUGUUACCCUUGCAUGCGUCCUCUUGCACAACUACCUAAGGCGAAGUCCAACAGCCACCGCAUCCUAUACUCCUCCUGGUACGUUUGACACUGAAGUCGAUGGUGAAAUAAUUGAGGGAUCGUGGAGAAAAGAUGCAAAUGGAAUGACAUCCUUCUUGUCCUUAAAGAAGGUACCUAGGAACGCAGGCAAAGAUGCGAAGAAUAUUCGUGACGCCUUUGCGGCUUAUUUCACAACAAGUGGUAAAUUAUCUUGGCAAGACAAGUACUGUUAAUUACAGUGGAUCCUCUGUAUAUUAUUAUAAUGAAGAUUAAAUAUAAUA